GAAGAGCAACAACAUGCAGUUCGAGCAAGGCAUGGCGACAAUCCUGCUGCUCCUACUCAGCAGCCUCACACCAUUCCUAGCGGCAGCCGAUGUAUUCUGCGACAACGUUAAGGUCCUUGCUGCCACCCUCCCCAACAAAACCUCCUCUUCUCCGGUACACUUUGCCACUGCCACCGUCGGCGAAGCCCCCAACAUCGUGUAUGCGGUUGCGCUCUGCCGUGGUGAUGUCCUCAAUGACACAACCUGUGCCGAGUGCAUCACCAACGUAUUCGGUAAAGUGCAGAACGCUACGUCGCCAGAGGUAGAGUGCUUCGGGUCUACCUCCUCCUUUUUUGAUUGUAUCCUCAACUACAACUCCAAAGACAUCGUCGCCCCGUCAUUCACCAAUAGCACAGAAGAAGAAAAUGCUGGUUACCCUCCUUUUGAAAGGUGGAAUGUCAGAAAUGUCACCGGCAACGUGCCCCUCAUCACCGGUCUCAUCCACGAGUUGCUGGUGGAGACUAUGGAGAAGGCAGCCAGCGCGUCGCCGAGGCGGUUCGCCACCGGUGUCGUAGACAGCGGCACGAACUUCCCGAAGGUGUACUCCUUGGCGCAGUGCACGCCGGACCUGUCUUCCGGGGACUGUCUAGAGUGCUUGCAACAUCUCCUUGGCAUGAUCAAUUCCACCAUGUCCCUCCGCAUGGGGGGACAGAUUGGUGUCAUACGGUGUUAUUUCAGGUAUGAUGCGUCACAGUUCUAUCAAGGCCAACCAAUGAUAAGUCGGGGGCCGCUAGCUCCAACUCCGACCCAACACAAGAGGCGUAUGAACAAGCUGUGGGUAAUACCUCUAGCUGCAGCAACAUUCCUCUUCUUCAUCUUGUACUACCGUCGGAUCACAAAACAAAGAAAAGGUGAGGUGAUGAGGUUACAAGGAUCAAGACGUUCUUGGGAUUUGGAAGGAGAGGAACAACUAGUUUGGCAAGGCAAAAAUUCAGAGUUCAUGGUGUUUGACUUCCAACAGCUACUACAGGCCACAAAUAAUUUUUCGGAAAAAAACAAACUUGGACAGGGUGGCUUUGGUGCUGUAUACAAGGGCAAGCUUGCUGAUGGAUUGGAGAUAGCAGUUAAAAGACUUUCUUCACAUUCAGGACAAGGCUUCACAGAGUUUAAAAAUGAAGUCCAGCUCAUAGCCAAACUACAACACAGUAAUUUGGUUAGGCUAUUUGGAUGUUGCUCCCUAGAAGAGGAGAAAAUAUUAGUGUAUGAAUACUUGCCCAACAAAAGCUUGGAUUUCUUUAUCUUUGAUGAAAAAAGAAGAGCUUUACUUGAUUGGUCCAAACUUGUAGCAAUAGUUGAAGGCAUAGCACAUGGACUUCUUUACCUACAUAAGCACUCCCGGUUACGUAUCAUUCAUCGAGAUCUUAAACCAAGUAACAUUCUCUUGGAUAGUGAAAUGAAUCCAAAGAUUUCAGAUUUUGGUCUAGCAAAAAUUUUCAGCUCAGAUAGCAGUGAAGGAAACACUACUAGAAGAGUGGUUGGUACAUAUGGCUACAUGUCCCCUGAGUAUGCUUCGGAGGGUGUCUUCUCUAUUAAAUCGGACGUCUUCAGUUUUGGUGUUAUUAUUUUUGAGAUACUUAGCGGAAAGCGGAAUUCUGGUAGCCAGCAAUAUGGUGAUUUCAUCAAUCUUCUUGGAUAUGCCUGGCAACUAUGGGAAGAGGGAAGGGGAAUUGAUCUUCUUGAUACAUCAUUGGUUCCCAAAGAUCAAUCACCGAAGCUUAUGAGAUACAUUAAUAUAGCAUUAUUAUGUGUACAAGAGAACGCAGCCGAUCGACCAACCAUGGCAGAUGUUAUAGCAAUGCUAUGCACCGACGAUAUGAACAUCGACGAACCUAAGCAGCCGGCAUAUUUCAACAUAAGGGUCGGAAAUGAAGAGGAGUCUACUGCUACAGAGUCAUGCAGUAUUAACGACAUGACCAUAUCUGUCGCAAUUCCUAGAUAGUUUUUCUUUUCU